CGCGCACAUGGGCGGGAGGGCGGAGCCCGCAGCCUGACAUCACCGGCUCUGGCUCACCGCUACCGGACGGCUCCGCUCCCUCUCCCGCCGCCGCGCAGAGGAUGUCUGGAGGAGACAUGGCCAAACCCCUCCUGGGCCAUCGGAGCACGGAUGGUGAUGCCAGCGUCACGCCUGCCGCCGGCCGUGCCAUCGGGGUUCUGGGGAGCGGGGACUUUGCGCGGUCCUUGGCCAUUCGCCUGGUCUGCUCAGGCUUCAAGGUGGUGGUCGGCAGCCGCAACCCCAAGCGCAAAGCCAGCCUCUUCCCUUCCGCAGCUGAAGUCACCUUCCAGGCAGAGGCGGUGAAGAAGGCAGAUGUCAUUUUCGUGGCGGUUUUCAGGGAACAUUACUCCACCCUCUGUGACCUGGCCGACGUCCUGGUGGGCAAGAUCCUGGUGGACGUUAGCAACAACACCGAGAUCAACCAGAGCAAAGAAUCCAACGCCGAGUACUUGGCUUCUCUCUUCCCAGCCUGCACUGUGGUCAAGGGAUUUAACGUGGUUUCUGCUUGGACCCUGCAGUCAGGUGCCAGGGAUGGAAAUAAGCAGGUUCUGAUUUGCUCAAAUAACCAAGAAGCCAAGCGCACUGUAGCAGAAAUUGCUCAAGUCAUGGGAUUCACCCCUGUGGACAUGGGCUGCAUGUCGUCAGCCUGUGAGAUUGAGAACAUGCCCCUGCGCCUCUUGCCAGCCUGGAAAAUCCCCAUCUUUUUGUCUCUGGGGCUUUUUCUUUGCUUUUUCACUUACAACCUGAUCCGCCAGGUCAUCCACCCUUACAUCAGGGAGCAGAAAAACAAGUUGUACAAGAUCCCCAUCGAGGUGGUCAACACGACAUUGCCUUGCGUGGCCUACGUCAUGCUGUCUCUCGUCUACCUGCCUGGGGUGCUGGCAGCUUGCUCACAGCUCUACUAUGGUACCAAAUACAGGCGUUUCCCAGACUGGUUGGACCAGUGGCUCCAGCACCGAAAGCAAAUCGGGCUCCUCAGCUUCUUCUGCGCUGCUCUGCACGCCGUGUACAGCUUCUGCCUGCCUCUGCGCCGCUCCCACCGCUACCAGUUAAUCGAGACAGCUGUCAAGCAGGCUGUGGAGAAGAAGAUGAAUAUCUGGGUAGAGGAGGAAGUCUGGAGGAUGGAGAUUUAUAUCUCUGUUGGAAUAAUUGCCCUGGGCUUGCUGUCGUUACUCGCCAUCACUUCACUUCCAUCCAUCGCAAACUCUCUUAACUGGAGGGAAUUCAGUUUCAUUCAGUCCACCGUGGGAUUUAUUGCCUUAGUAAUCAGCACUUUGCACACACUCACGUAUGGAUGGUCGAGGGCAUUUGAUGAGAACCAAUACAAAUUCUACCUGCCUCCAACCUACACCCUCACCCUGCUUGUCCCAUGUACUGUGAUCCUAGCAAAAGUCAUCUUCAGUUUGCCCUGCAUCCAGCACAGACUUCUGCGAAUCAGGAGGGGCUGGGAGAAGGGGAGAUACGUGAAGUUUGUUCUGCCCAGCGCGACGGGGGAAUAUUCAAGUGGGGAGACCUCCAGCAAUGUCUGAUAGAGCACACCCCCCACCAGCCCAGCUGUGGCAGAAGAUUUCAAAGCACUAUCAACAUUUCUAUAAAGGUGUUUCUUUUUCUUAAAUAUAUGUAUGUUUUGGUAUGAUUGUAUUAUUAUAAAUAAUAAAAUUUGGUGACUUUAGAAAAUGAACCAUGAAACUAGUUUAGACAGAAGUAGUUAAAUUAUAUUGCUGAUUUGCUAGAACAAUUAUUGCCUUAAAAAUGACUGUGAAAGCCAAGCUAACAGUACUAAUACACAUGGGAAACUGAUGGACUCUGUUAGUCAGAUCAGUCACUGAGGUGCUGACUGGCAGCUCCCUGGACUGGUACUUCUCGGUUGCUUCCCUGGCUGCUCUCAUAAAUUUCAAUUUUUUUUUCAUUUUAAUAUGAAGCAGCACAGAUUUUCUGGCAGCAAAGGUAUUAUGCCUUUUGAGUGUCUGGAUCUAUCAAGACAGUGAGGUUUAGAAAGAUGAAUUCUCUCUGGUUUUGGUCUCCUAAAUGAAUUCUAUGGACAAGUAAGCAAUAUCCAUGCCAUGUAGCAGCUGCAGAUUUUACUAAGAGCAUCCAAACCUGGCAGCAAAUACAAGUAUCCCGGUUGUCUCAAAUGCACUUCUGGUCCUGUAGGCUGUGUCUGGUGCACAUUUAUAAGCUACAGAAAUAAAGCACCUUUUCUAGGAGCAUUUGAAGAGAGGGAUGUCCCUAACAUCACAUGUCUGCUCUUCACUGCUGACUCUGAGAUGAAAACUGCUGCUGCUGCAUGUUCUCUGUUUUACUAAGCCAAAGUUUCAAGCAGUAUUUGAUGGAAACAGAGUGAAGAUAAUUAGAGGAAAGACAGGCUGCUUCACAAAGUUACAUGGAUAAAACCAAUGCUUUCCAGCUGGCCUUAUAUCAAAUAAUAGGAUGAAGCUUUUAGAAAGCAUUGUCACCUAGACAUGCCCAUUUACACACACAAAACAGCAGCUCUAAACCCACUGGGUUCAGUAGCAAUGAUAAGAUCUUCAGAUGGUCUGGCAAAGUGAGUUUUGACCACAAUGUGAAAAUACAGCAACUGUAGAUUUUGAGCACAGUCGUUGCCUUGUACCUUAAGAAGUAAUUUGCCAGAUCACAAAGCAAGUAUCAAGUGUUCUUCUGACUUCACACCCUCUUUGGACAAGGUACAGGGCAAUGAAGAUUUCUGUCCUAAUUUCAUUUUCCACCUGUCACUUUCUAUCCCUUCAAGCUUUUGCUCUAUCAAAAUAGUUCUCUAGGUUUUGGACAUCCAAAUCACCAGAGAAUGGACAGCCAUUCACCAAGGCUCAGUUAAAAACAAGCAAUCAGGAUGAUGCAAGACAACUACCUCAGUAAGGUCAGACACAAGGACAUGACUUGAAUAGCUCAUUUUCUUACACUUAAGUAAAAGACCCCACUCAGUGUUCAGAAUUGCUUUGAAAAACAACAUCUGUCAGCAUCAAAUGAGGUCUGGACUGUGGGAUAAGAAAGUACUUGUCAGGAGACCAGUUAAUAUAAAUGACAGGGGAGCAGUGAUCAAUUCUGAGGCACAGAAACCCAUCUACAAGGCAGCAUUUCUUCUGUAACCUGGAUGAUUUCUACAUGGACAGAGGAGCUUAAGAACUCCCUGUUUACCUCAGCUAACUACAGUGAGUAAUAUUCUCCAAAUAUUACAUGGUGCCAGUGCUGAUCCUGAGGGAUUUCAGUUCUUGCCUAAGGCUUAUGAUGAAGUCUCCAAACACCAUGUCUUGUCACCAAAUAGAAAUCAAUCAGCCAGAAGGAAAUCACCAGAUUUCAUAAUCGGUUGAUCUUUUUUUUGUUUGUUUUUUUGGCAACAUGAGGGAACUACCAUUCUUUCAUUCAGAAAGCUGCAUUCAGCUUUCCCCAUCCACCUCCACAGACCAGCCCAGAUCAAAUCACUCUCCUAGCAGAUUGAUUGCCCAGCACUAUUUAUUUGUCAUUGAAGGGUGGGUAAAAUUUUCACAUGGAUUUGAGACAGUUUCACCUGAGUAUAAUUCCACCCACGCCAGUGGGUUUUCAUUGAGGGAAAACAAUUCAGCAAGCAAGUUCUUUUAGUCUUCUCUUCCAUUUCAUCAUUAAGCAAAGUCAACAUAAAGGCAUCAGUUUACACAUUUUCUGGUUACAGUAGUGUAUUUUGAUGCCUCUUUUUUCCACUUAAGCUUUUUUUUUACAGCAGGCAAGACUACUGCCUGGUGAUAAAAAAACCAGAAAAGCAUUAGUAUGGAGGGAAAGAACAUUACAGAGGGUUGCAGACUCUCCCUUCACGGGGAAGGUGUGGUUUUAUUGUGAGCUGCUGCAGAGUUAAAGACUCACCUUUCUGCCCAGCAGAAGUAAGGUUUGCACCUUUGCUUUGUUUGUUUGACUUUCACACCCACAUAUCAUUACCCAUCACUGGCAAAGGGACAGUUUUCAUGAGCAGAAGUAAAGUCAGGCACCCAGAGCUACCUGAGGAGCUGGCUCUGUUAGUGAGUCACUGUGGUGCUUCUUAUGUGGACACAAGCCCAGGUGAACAAACAAGCCAGCUCAAAAUCCCCACAGCUGCUAAAAAAAAAAAAAAAAAAAAAAAAAAAAAGACUGGCCAAGUGCUCCAGGGUUGCCUGUGCCAAGGUACUGUCCAGCCAGUCACUGUCCCUUUUAAAGACUGAAAUCUGUUCCUGUAAAGGCAGAAGAGCAUUUCAGAUGGUGCCUUCUGUAGGCAUAGGAUUCUAAAAACUUGGAAACAACAGCUUGAGUGAUUUCUGAUGAUUUUGGAAUGGUGAAAAGUACUUUGAUGAAUUUUUCAGUUAUCUUUCUUACACUUUUUUUUUUAAUGUGGACAAGGAGCUUAGUGACGUUAGCUUAAAAUUUAGCAGUUAACUGGUUUUGUACUUGGAGUUGCUCUGUAUAUUUGUACACACACACAUAUAUAUAUUCUGGAAUGUAAAUCCUUUAUAUUUUUAUUUUCUGUAUUGCCAACUCUGUGCCUCUGAAAUAUGUAAGAACCAACUGAAAAGCUGUAAGAAGCCAGUUUUGAUCACUGGCAUCUGUAAUUAUAUAAAAGAUAUUCUGAACAGG